GAUCGAAAAAGUAGAAGCAGUUGAGCCGGUUGCGCCGUGGCGAGCGCUUCGUUGGCGGCUCCCGAGCGCAAAGGAUCGCAUCUCGGCGGUCCUGAAAUCGUGAACGUCGGGCGGAAUGGCCAUGUUGGAGUGGCCCCUAUUCGGAUGGCUGGUGGUGCAGUUGGUGGUGCUGCUGCCGCAGUCCCACCAGCUGGCCCCACCCUCGGGCAGUGGUCAGUUGCGCCGCCUUUGGCUGCAGGAUCACUGCAGCGCCGGCAUCUGUACCAACGUCGAGAUCGGUCGCAGUGACUACGUUAUCCUGUCGCAGGCGCCCAUCGCCGGAAUGACAAUGCUCACCUUUCUCAAUUCGAGCAUUGCCAAGAUUCCGCACUUGCUGUUCGACACUUUCCCGGACCUGCAAGUGCUGCGCAUGGAGAACUGUUCGCUGGAGACCUUCGAGAAGCCGCAGUUCGAGGGCGCCAGCAACCUGAUGGGCCUCUACCUGGGCCACAAUCGCCUCAAGGACAUACCGAAGAAUAUUUUCCUGGGCGCCGACAACCUAGCCACGUUGCACCUCCAGGGGAACCAGCUGAAGCAACUGGGCAACCAUAGCUUCCACGCCCUUAAGGAGGUGAAGGAGCUGUCGCUAGCGGACAACCAGCUGGAACAGCUGGCCCUGGGCGUGUUCAGUGGCAUGAGGAAGCUGGUGGACCUGAACCUGGCCGGCAAUCGCCUUGAGGCCCUGCCCCGGGGACUGUUCGACAGGAAUUUGAAUCUGACCAAGGUGAACCUGGGACGGAACUUGUUCAGCGCCUUCGAAUCGGAGCUUUUGAGGCUGCAACCUCGCCUGACCCAAUUGGAUAUUUCGGGAAACAUCAUACAGGAGCUGACCCUGAACUUUACUUCGCUGGACACGGCCAUCGCCCACAGUUGCGAUCUGCGGCGACUGACGGUCUACGGGGUCGUCCGGGAACUGGACUUGCACAACAACUCGCUGCGGGAGAUGCCGCAUAUCCCGCUGGCCGCCAACGUGACCAGCUUGGACCUAUCUCAGAACCCAAUGGGCAAUCUCCAGGGGAAUCCCUUGAGAAGGUUCACCUCGCUGCUGCGCCUCAACUUGUCAACGACGAACGCCCACGAGCUGCCGGAGGGCGUGUUCAAGAAGCAGGGCCACCUCCAGAUGCUGGAUAUAUCCGGGAACUCCAUCUACUCGCUAAAGAUCACCAUCUUUGACAGCCUGAAGGCGCUACAGUAUUUCUACUUUCAGCAGAAUAACUGGAACUGCGACUUCCUCCAGCUGCUGAUGAGUUCGUUUGUGAAGCGCAAGGAUAUCUCCUUCAUGGAGGACGUGACGGCCCCCGAGCUAGUGGACGACUAUGUGGACGGCAUUGCCUGUUGGUACGAGAGUGACAAGCAGUCGAAGAAGUGCGAUUCGGGGAGCUCCGAUGCCGCCAUGGAGCUAUCCGUGGUGCGCAAUGAGAUCAAGGCCUUCACCGAAGUGGUGGAGAAGAAGUUCAUCAAGGUCUACCGCAUGCUGGAGGAGAUGAAGAUGAAGCUAUAAAGCUAUCUAUUUAACCAAACAUAUAUUAUCCACAACAAUAUUUAACCACAACAUAUCUAACCAACCAUAUUUAACCGCAUUCUAGACUUUAUUUUACAAAAAUGGGCAACAAAUGAAUAUUUUUAAGAUAAUUUAAGGCGCUCUAAUAAAAUGCACCUUCGACUCUAGGAAA